CGCGCGGCCCCGAUGCUGGACAUGAGCGAGGCCCGCGCGCAGCCGCCCUGCAGCCCGUCGGGCACCGCGAGCUCCAUGUCGCACGUGGAGGACUCGGACUCGGACGCGCCGCCGUCGCCCGCGGGCUCGGAGGGCCUGGGCCGCGCGGGGGGCGCGGGGGGCGCGGGGGGCGGCGGCCGGGGCGACGCGGCGGAGGCGGCGGACGAGCGCUUCCCCGCCUGCAUCCGCGACGCCGUGUCGCAGGUGCUCAAGGGCUACGACUGGAGCCUGGUGCCCAUGCCGGUGCGCGGCGGCGGCGGCGGGGCGCUCAAGGCCAAGCCGCACGUGAAGCGGCCCAUGAACGCCUUCAUGGUGUGGGCGCAGGCGGCGCGCCGCAAGCUGGCGGACCAGUACCCGCACCUGCACAACGCCGAGCUCAGCAAGACGCUGGGCAAGCUGUGGCGCUUGCUGAGCGAGAGCGAGAAGCGCCCCUUCGUGGAGGAGGCGGAGCGGCUGCGCGUCCAGCACAAGAAAGACCACCCGGAUUACAAGUACCAGCCGCGCCGCAGGAAGAGCGUGAAGACGGGCCAGGGCGACUCUGACUCUGGGGCCGAACUGGGCCCCCACCCUGGCAGUGCCGUGUACAAGGCCGACGCGGGCCUCGGGGAGCCACACCACCACGGCGACCACGCAGGGCAGACCCACGGGCCACCCACCCCGCCCACCACCCCCAAGACGGACCUACACCACGGGGGCAAGCCGGAGCUGAAGCUGGAAGGCCGCCGCCUGGCGGACAGCGGGCGCCAGAACAUCGAUUUCAGCAACGUGGACAUCUCGGAGCUGAGCAGCGAGGUCAUCGGCAACAUGGACACCUUCGACGUGCACGAGUUCGACCAGUACCUGCCCCUCAAUGGCCACUCGGCUCUGCCCACAGAGCCGGGCCAGCCCGCCGCCGGCUCCUACGGGGCUGCCUCCUACUCGCACUCGGCAGCGGCCGGCAUCGGGGCGUCCCCCGUGUGGGCCCACAAGGGAGCCCCCUCGGCCUCGGCGUCGCCCACCGAGGCGGGGCCCCCGCGGCCACACAUCAAGACGGAGCAGCUGAGCCCCAGCCACUACGGCGACCAGUCGCACAGUUCCCCAGGCCGGGCCGACUACGGCUCCUACAGUGGCCAGGCCAGCGUCACCACGGCCGCCCCUGCCGCGGCCGCCACCUCCUUCACCAGCUCGCAGUGUGACUACACCGACCUGCAGGCCCCCAGCUACUACAGCCCGUACCCCGGCUGCCCGUCCAGCCUCUACCAGUGCCCCUACUUCCACCCUUCGCGGCGGCCCUACGCCUCGCCCCUGCUCGGCGGCCUCUCGGUGCCACCUGCCCACAGCCCGCCUGGCAACUGGGACCAGCCCGUGUACACGACACUGACCAGGCCCUGAGGGCACCGCAAUCCAGGGAGGGGACCGGCGUAGCAGACUCGGGGAUGGAGAACCUUUAUCUCAGCAAAGACAGAGCCUCGGGUCUUCCAGAAGGGGUGUGUGUGCUCGCUCACGACGGGACAGGAGGUGGUGGCUCUGGCAGGUGCCUGGUCACAUGUGCAGAGGGAGCCACACUUUGUGACUGAGGCCACGCGGCUUCCAGAUCUUUGGCGACAAAGCUCUCCCACACUCUCUUUGCGGUGACUGGCGACUCUGGAACCGGGGACGGCGGCCACGGUGUCGCGUGGAGUCCUCUUCCCCACGGACACCAAUGCCUCGGUUUUGCAUAUCAGUAGACACAAAGCAGCCACAGCAUAAAACAGAAAGGAGGGAAGAGGUGUGGGGUCUCGGCCGCCUGUGUUCCAAGGUCCCUGCCAGCCUCGCGGGGAGCUCCCAGGACACGGGAACCGGUGGGCAGUGCAGGGCAGCCACAGCCUGGCGGAGCGCUUGGGUCCAGUCCAGCAGAUCUCAGGUGCCCCUGCAGUUAGGCUCUUCCUAAGCGAGGUUUGGCUGCAACUAACACUUCUCUCUUCUUAUUUUAUUUUUUUAGUUUUUAUUUUUUGAAGCUUAAAACACGUUCGAUUCGUUCCGGAAGCUGUUGAAAUGUAUUUAUGUUCUGUAUUAUUUUAUCUUUAAUUAAUGAUUUGUGCAGAGAGUAGACUUUAAGACUGAAAGGAGGCCAGGACCCCGAGGGAGGGAGGGAGGGAGGCAGGGAGGCGAGGCCGGCUGCUGCGUCCUCUGUCUCUGUCUCUGGCCUGGCCACAGCAUCAAGGCAGGUUUAGCAGGCGGGGGCAUCGCCGAGGUCGCUCCCUGCCUACCACCGUGCCCGUAGUGGACGGGGUGGCUGGAGAAGCAUGUGACUCUCGGCCCUUAGGAACCAGACGCCACCUCCAAGCUGUGAAAGUAAAACCUCCACUAAAGCGUUUAGAGUCUUAGUUUUAGGCGAAUAACCCCUGAUUGACGCGUUUGCUUCUGCUGUGUGCCAAGCACUGAUAACCCCUACUUCAUGGAAACUUGUGCCUUUACACUUUGUACAUUUAAAGACACCUGAGAAGUUGCUUCUUUUUACUUUUUCUACUUUUUCCUACCUUUUUCUAGAAAAAAAAAAGGAAUUUUUUUUUUUUUUUUUUUGCGUAUCUCUUUCUGGGGGUGGGGGCAGCAAACUCAUUUUUAUGCAAAAUCUGUUGUCCUGCGCCUGCGUGGAGUUUGGGCUUCCGCUGUCACUUACCCGCUCUGUUCCACGACUUUCUGACCAAGCAAUGCUAA